AUGUGUGUGGACACUUAUCAUGCAUCGAUGCCAAACGUUCACAUUGAACUGGAAUUUGAAUUUACACCGGAAUCUAUUAAAUCAUUUUUUAUUAAACUUCAAGGGCUUGAUGUGGAUCGAGUGCAUCGUCAAUUAGCAAAGACGUCCAUGGGACUUGUUAAUGCUUCACCCGAGAUAUUGGAGACUGUAGCUAUUACGCUCUAUGAAAUACUGAGCCAUCGGAGAUUACUGUCAGAUUUUCGGAUUAUACGAGUGCUAUCAAGAUGGAUUGCAUCGCGAUUUUCAGAUGUCAAGACGAAUCCAAAUCUUGAGAGCUUACGUGGAUGUACUGGUCUUUACCAGUUACUAGUAUCACCAGACCCUGUUGUAAGGGAAUGGGCCAAACAAACAGUACAACACUUUGGCAAAAUCCAGCUUAGUGGUGAGUAUGAAAACGAUCAGUAUUUACUCGACGUUCUGGACGAGUGGAUGUAUAUUCUUGAAAGUGAAGAAUUCAAUAAAUCCGUACUAUUGCUGGACUUUAAAACGACAAAAGACCUUCACCAUUUUCUAGAGCCAACAAAUUGUGUCAAGACCCCGACUAAGUCAAUGCUGUGGUCUGCACUCGACCACAUAAUGCAGCAAAUGGACGUGAACAGCUUAGAAGUAAUGCUAGAUUCGUUUGACACGAUCCCGGACGUAGCCUUCAAUUAUCUACAAGAUGCAGAUCCUGCAGGAGACCAGACACUUACAUUGAUGGUCUCUAAAUGUUUUGCAGUUCUAUUACGCUGUCUUGGACACCGAUUUUGGAAUCACAGCGUCAACUCCCCCAAAGUCGUGCUAGAAGUGGUAAUGCAGCAUUGCCGCCUCGGGACUUGGCGUGUCUAUGUUACGAAACAGUUUGUUGAGCUUUUACCGCCACUACUGGCGGCCAUGCGACCGCCUCAAAUCUCUAGCCAAGUGUCCAACCACGAAAAGCUCGAGUUUUAUUUGAAGACACGCAGAAAGAUUCUGCAAUUUUUGAUCGCCGAGGAUCUUCGCCCAGAGCAUUACGACGCUGUUGCCAUCGUAGCAGCAUCAAGGGCGGUCUUUACUAUCUUGAUUGACUGUUACGAAUACCGCAUGCCCGGCACUAUGAGAAGUAACCAUGGAAGUGGACGCGAUGAAGGCGCGCUAUCUGACUCAAUCUCUAUCGACUAUUCCGUUUCUGAAAGCGCCUUUUGGUGGCCGUGCAGUUUGGGGACUGGAGAUAUUGUUAACGAGCAAUUGGGGAAACUAUGGAUCGAUCAUUUGUUUGGUAUCGUUGUUAAGCCUAACAACGUUGAGUCACUGGUUGACUUGGCAGCAGAAACAACGGCUCUUAUACUGAGCAAACACUUGCAACUUGCUCGAGAUGUUGUAUAUUCUAGCAUUGCUGCGAGCAAUAUGGGAGAGGCUGUAUCGAUCGAAACUGCUACUAAGGGAAGGCCGGUCAUCACUGAUUUGCUGAGAAAGUUAUGUUCAUGGAAGACGAUCACAACGAUACCGCUCCAAGUUCAUGGAGCACUGUUUGAGUCCAUUGGGGGCGUUUCGGAGCUGCUAAACAGUGUAGUCGCACAGCCCAACCGCAGUGACCAGCUUCAACAAAUCACGACACUUUUACAAAAUUAUGAGGAUCAUACCCAGCAAUAUCUUGAGCGGAUGUGUAAUGAGGUAUUGCUAAACGGCUUAGCUAAUCCGUUCAGGUUCCCGGUGGUGUCUCAACAUAUUAGCGCUUGCUAUCUCAGUCCAGCAAACACUGUCGAUCAGGUGGUAAAAAGGUUGAUCGGGCAAUAUGCCGUUGACAAGAAGAGACCCACACAAGUACCUUCUACAUUGGAGGCUGUUCUCAUUUCAGUUCACCGAAAUGCUGAGGCCUUUUUACGUGGCCAGCUUUCCAUGCUUCAGUCCAUGCGCCUCUAUGGCUUUGCUCCAGCUGUGUGUUUGCCUGCCAUGAAAAAGCUGGCUUUUGUGUGGUCUCGUGUCUUCGAUAUGCUAAGCGGUGACCUGGAGAAAGCAUUUAAAAAAGCGUCGAAUGCGGAUGCUAUGGCCACAUCAUCACACGAGGUGUCAGAUACCGGUAUUGCAGCAGUACACUUGCUGAAGCUUCCCAAUCUGAUCAAUGAGUUUCUGGUCGCUCUCUUAACAAAUCUGUUUGCCCCGAAAACAAAAUUAUCGAUUGAGGUAACUGAAACCACUCGAGUGCAAUGUCUUGACUUUGGACUAUCAUUUUGGAAGUUUUGGAUGGUAGUGUUGAGAGAUCCAGGCGUGUCCAGCAAGCGUGUGGUAGGGCUGAUAACUCCACUGGUUGAGUGUAUAGCCAAGAGAUCGGUGUCUGAGAUCAAGCGGGCUGCUGAGCUGCUGAUGACAGUGUUGAGUUGUCUUUUGAAAGGAAGCACUCGUCUAGACGAAGCCACACUUAGUCUGAUCGACAGUAUAAAAGGCGAAGCAGCAUCAAUUGAGUCGAAACAAUCUACUGAUUUUGGCCGCAUGACCGAGAAGUUUCGUCAAUUGGCCCAGACCUCUGAGUUUUUUACAAAGCGCUCAACAGGACCAAGUAGCGUGUCAAACUUUGUGGACAUGACCACCUCUCGGUCAAAUUCAAAGCUGCCACCGAGAGCUAAAUCUUCUGCUCUUAGCUCUUCGAUUAGGCCAGUAGGUAAGAAGUCUGCAGUUAGAGCUCAAGGUCGUGCAUUGGUGGAUCUAAGUGGUGCUGAAGAAGUAUCUGCUGAAGCGGCAGCUCGAAGACAUCAUAGUUUUUACUCAGAAGAAGAGUACCACGCAAGUUCAGCGAAGGCGCCUUCUUCCAAGGGACAGCCAUCCAAGACAAAGCCUUCCUUUGAUAUGUCACAAGUCAUAAAAGGAAUCGCACACUCGCAUCCAGGCUCAAACAAGACGAUUGCGUCCGAAAGAUUAACGAAACAGGUUGACAAAGGUGCAUUCGAACAGACGGAAGAGGAGAAGAUAGAAGAUACUGAUCUACGCUUUGCUGCUCUUUUUCAUCGGAUUAAGACCACACAGAAGCCUAUUGCAACUUGCUCGCUGCUCCCAUUUUACCGACAAUUGCUUCAAAUUUGCAUGCCGGUACUUUUGUCGCGUGAGUUCCAGAACGAACGGUCUGAAAAGAAGUUACAAGUUCCUGGUUUGAAUUUCAAGAAAAACGCAGAUUAUGUCCGAGCGUUCCUGCCACUGAUGCUAGAAGAAUGUAACAACGAAGUUCAAGAGGGCCUCCGGAAAUGUUCGCAUGGUAACAGGGGCCAUCUGCUUCGUUACGAGUCCGAAAAGCCGCGAGAAGGUAUGCGCUGCAUUAGCUUCAGCAUUACUAAAAGAGACGAAGGGCUGAUAUCAAGCUCAAAGUUUGGCGGUAACGGGCGGCGAGGAGGAGGCUUUCAUGAGAAGUUGUUCCGAAAUGGUGAUGUGGUGCUCUUGCAAAUCUCAGUUGGCAACCAAGACCAAAGUGGUUUUAUGGGUAAGCGGGAGUUUUUGGGUGUCAUUUUGAUCAGCGAGACGGAAAAGGGGCGUCGGCAAACAUCGUUGAUAAAAAAUGAUACGAAGGACGAAGAUGAAGAAGCCGUAAAGGUGCUGUUCCUUAAUGAUGGCGAAUUGGACAACGCGACAGCAAGCGUAAGCUCAUUCUCGACUGAAGUAUUGACAGCGAGUGCAAUCGCCGAUACGGAGUGGAAGGUAAACCCCCUAUGUAAUUUGGUAACGUCUGCGCGCGAGUAUAUCGCGCUUCGGUCCGUCGACAUGCUCCCAGAACACUUGAGAACGGCUAUUCUGACUCCAGAAACGUACAAAUCUACGCAAUCAAAUCUUAUUGCUAUCACGUCAAUAAUAGAUGACUUGCGAUUGAGCAAUUCAAACGAAAGUCGAGCAAGUAUUGUGAAGAUAUUGAAACGCUUGAACAAGAUGGACGUGAUGUUGACAGAUUUAAGGUCUACCAGUAUAGGCAAAGCUGUGAACAAGCUGCGCAAGCACGAGGAUGCAGAAGUCAAGGCCCUUUCUGGCAAACUGAAAGACAAGUGGACGAGUCUCAUCGAUGAGAAAGACACUCUAGAACGGGCGCCUCGCUUUCUAUCGCCCGAUCUGUGGGAAGCUAUCAAGCUCCAGUACAAUUCAUCCCAGUUGCAGUCCAUCCACAGCGUGCUUAACAACUACAACAUGGGUGUAUCUCUGCUUCAAGGACCCCCAGGAACAGGCAAGACAAAAACGAUUAUGGGUCUUCUGAGUGGACUGUUAUCGUUGCGAUUGCCAGCUACUGCAGUCAUGCCUAUGGUAUACCCGAAAAGCAGCUCAAACGCUCAAGGGAACGGCACCAAGGAAGACUUCAACAAUUUUGAGGCUGCAAGAUGUCGUGGCACAAAUACUGGGCAUCGUGGACAACCAUUAACUCAAGCUCCAGCAUCGACGUUUUCAUUAAAUGGGGUUACAUCCGCCCUCGGUAGUAUUCUCCGUCGCACCACCGACUCUGCCAUAGCUGGUCCAAGUCAAACUACAAUUCAAUCGCUGAAGAAUGUUAGCUCGUCGCGCAGUCGAUUAGAAAAAAAGCUGUCAUCUCGUGCGACGCAUCAACCAAAUUCGAACCUGGUAGUAAAGCGCCGUGUUAUAUCAAGAGCAGCGUCAGAGCGCUCGGCAAGUCGAACAAAUAACAUACUGCUUUGCGCGCCAUCCAACGGUGCUGUGAAUGAGCUAGUGCUACGAAUCGUGACGGACGGACUACUGGAUAGUUCGGGGAGUGUUACGAAAGUUCGAGCGCCGAGUGUUCAUCCUGAGGCACUGUCAGAAGAAUGGAUCUCCAUUGUCCGCCUCGGAAACGCAGGUGAGGAUGCAUCUGACGCUGUUAAUUCUGUUUGCUUGCCGCAUAUUAUCCGGCGCGAAAUGACCAUUCAUCCGAAAGCGAUGGAAUUGCACUCGCUCCAAGAAACGCAGCGACAAUUACGCAGCUCUAUUCGCGACUUUCACAACAAAGUAGACGACUCGGAUGGACCCAAGAAGAACAGGAAGGCGCUAGCCAAGAUGCAUCAACAACUGACAGGAUGCUCGGGUAAAAUUAGACGCUUACGAGAUGAAGUAACAGCAAUUCGGGCGAAAAUGACCGAAAGCAUUUUGUCCAAGGCAAGUAUUAUUGCCUGCACAUUGUCAAAGGCAGGAAGUGGUGAUUUUUUGGGAUUGAAGCAUGGCUUUGACGCUCUCAUAAUUGAUGAAGCGGCCCAGGCAGUGGAACUAAGUACGCUUGUUCCAAUUCGGGAGCGAGUAGCUCGUGUUGUGCUGGUCGGUGAUCCAAAACAGCUUCCUGCUACGGUGAAAAGCGUUGUCGCGGCGAAGGCACGGUACGAUCGAUCGUUGUUUGAACGUAUAGCAGAAAGUGGUGUCGCGCCAUCGAUGCUUCGAGUCCAGUAUCGAAUGCAUCCGUUUUUACGGGACUUUCCGUCAAAGAGAUUCUACGGAGGAAUGCUGACCGAUGGACCCAGUGUUAUGGAGCGUGUUCAAAAGGUGUGUACUGGCAUAUAUGCGCGUACGAGUUUUCAACCUUUCUUGUUGUAUGAUGUUGAGAACUCGAGGGAGGAAGACAUGAACGGGUCGAAGUACAAUCGCGUUGAGGCAGCAUUUUGCGUUAGUUUGUGUCAAAACAUGUUUGAAACUUGCCCAGAGGUACGCAACAACAAAUGGAGUGUUGGAUUUGUGUCACCGUACAAGGAACAAGUACGCGUGCUUCGGCAAGAAAUUACACGCUCUGGAAUCCCAACAAACGUAUCAAUUGAAGUAAACACGGUAGAUGGGUUUCAGGGCCGAGAAAAAGAUGUGAUUGUGUUUUCAUGCGUCCGGUCGUCCGUGCAUGGAGGUAUUGGUUUCUUGCGCGAUAUUCGCCGUCUUAACGUGGCAAUUACUCGUGCGCGGUUUUGCCUCUACGUUAUUGGAAACGCGAAGACACUCGUGCGUGAUGAAACGUGGGCUGCUUUAAUCAAGAGCGCUCGUGAUCGAAAGCUAAUUAUUCGAACAGAGGGAGAAGGAUUUCCUGCUGUGGCAAAGAGGCUAACAGGAGACAAUUACCGCGAUUUAGCUAAGCACUACAAAUUGAUGCACGAGAAAGCGGCUCAAAAGUUAGCUCUGAAACCUACUGUAAAUGCACCUGCUAUGAGUGUAAAACCAAAGCUCGCUAUGAAAAACAAUGAUGAAUUGCAGUGUGCACCCAGCGACAAGGGCGAAGAAGCAAACGAUGACAAGGUAUUCGAUAGUGGAAACCGACCAUCUCUGAACUCCAUCCAGCUUGAGCGUUCAAGCGGUCAAACUGAAACUUGUCAUGAAAUGGAACAGCAUGUUGACAAUCACAAACGAUCCGCGAAGGAGACUUUGAAUGCAUCAAAUGUGAAGAAGCCCCGCACAUCUACAACAACACCGCCUAUCAAAACGGCUUUGCAAAGUCAACAGGGGAUCCGGAGCUGUGAUGAACCGAGCAACUCGUUGACAGUCGAUGUGCGUCAGCGUAGUGAGCAUCGUUCUCUAGAAAGAACUACUAACUGGAGAAGGAAUGAAGUUGCAAGCUCUUCGAGAAUGGAAAGGCAACGCGAAGAGCCCAGCAAAUUUUGCGGUUCUAGAGGUUCUAUUGAUAGAGAGCGGGGCGACAGAAGAAACGACAGCACGUACUCGCAGAAUGACCGAUACCGUCAGGAUGAUCGUCGUGACCGUGAUGGUCGAAAGCAAUACGCCACCGCCUCAUCAAGAAGUGCAUCUCGAUCUUCAUCCGCUUAUUUUGUAGGCAAACCCCCGCCGUCCAAUUUUAAAAAGGACCUUCGUCAAGUCAACGAGCCAUCAACGACACAAGGCAUGCGUUUGACAACCCCAAGGAUGCGAGAACAAGGACCGUAUCACGAAUCGGCUUCCCGUCCUCCAGCACACCAUAGCCAUCGUAAUUGUGCUUCGAAUAAGUCAAAGACCAACACAAGUCAUGGCAAUGCUGGCAGGGCUCCAGCCAAGAGAAGCACAGACGUGCUAGGCAAUAUCCUUGGCAGUGCUUCCAAACUGGCAAAGUCAACGUCACGUGUGAAUGACAAGACGACACCGCGCAGUUCGGAGUUUUCCUAG